AUGUGGCUGCUGUUGUUCGGCCUAUUUCUCUGCGCGUCCUCCGUUCAGGUGGAUGUCAACAAGCUGGACGGGUUGGCUCGAGCCAAAGUGGAGACAUGUGGAGGAUGACAGUUGAAUAGGCUCAGAGAGGUCAAAGCCUUUGUGGUCGAGGACAUUCCUCUUUACCAUAACCUGGUGAUGAAGCACAUUCCCGGGGCCGACCCAGAGCUUGUCCUCCUGAACCAUUACUAUGAGGAGCUCCAAAGAAUCCCCUUGUCAGAUAUGACGCGCAUGGAGAUCAACAAGCUUCUAGCCAAACUGGGUUUCUACAAGAAGGCAGAAGCCAACAGCGAAGUGCCAGAGGAGUUUCGCUUCUCUCCCGCCAAAAACAGCCCCUUUGAAAGUGAGCCAGUGGACAAGCCCGCUACUGCAACUGUGGUCACACAGACCGCUGCACCCUCAGAGCCUGGGCACAAUGACUUGUAA